AUGGAGGCGCAGUGGGGAGGGAAGUGGUUGCAGGUGAUGGGGGAUGGUGGAAGGGGUGGGAGGGUGGGCACAGGGCACGUGGUAUCAGCUCAGGGCGUGCUUGUGGAUCCUCAGAAAAUAGCAGCUGUGGAAAAUUGGGAACAACCUUGGACAGUUACAGAAGUUCGAAGCUUUCUUGGUAUUGCUGGUUAUUAUCUACGCUUCGUGAAAGACUUUUCGACCAUAACACUACCUUUGACAAAAUUGACUAGAAAAGAAGUUCCUUUUGUGUGGAGUAGUGAGCGUGAGCACAGUUUCCAGCAGUUGAAGUAUCUUCUCACUCAUGCACCUAUCUUAGCACUUCCUGAUGAUGGUGGGAACUUUGAGAUCUACAGUGAUGCGUCUCUUAAUGGUCUUGAGUGUGUUAAUGCAGCAUGA